UGGUCACACUGUAACGUCCAACCCAGAAUUACUAGUAAACAUUUUAAUAAAUAAAAAUGAGUGGGGCUCACAGAGAGGCGAUUCAAAAGCAAAUCCAUCAGGACUGGGCAAACAGGGAAUACAUUGAAGUAAUAACUGCCAGCAUAAAGCGAAUUACAGACUUUCUGAACUCUUUCGAUAUGUCCUGUCGCUCCCGUCUAGCGGUUCUAAAUGAAAAACUAACGAUCCUUGAGCGGCGCAUUGACUAUUUGGAGGCGUGUGUCGCCCAGGGGGAAACAUUAACGUAAAAGCACUAGAGUUCUGCCCUCAAUUUUAAUCUAAGCUUUGUACAUUUAUAAGAUAAUUAAAAAAUACUGAUAUAAUA